AUGACAAGACCCCAGAUGAUUCGGGCUGAUACCAUUGAUCUUCAGAGUCAAGAAGCACCUUCUGCGAAGUCAAACAAGCCAACCUUUUCCAGUACAGCCCCGGACGGGUCGCUCGCGCCGCACCAGGCAGAGACCAUACGCGAGGUUCAGGAAAGCAGGGCCGGAGAGGAAGCUCGAAGCCCCAGACUCUCGUGGACCGAUGGUGACAACAAUAGCCGAGAUCUGCAACAAUACGCCGAACAGCUCGUUAACGGUAUUGCGAAUUCCUUGAAUGGCAACAAGAUGCAAUCCGACGAUGCGCUUGCCAUCGCGCAGAAUGGAGGAGUCGCUGGCGGUACCUCCGACGAGGGAGACAUGGACGCGAACACCGACGAUGACAUGGAUGACGAUAUGAUGGACAAGAUAUCGAGUUCUCCUUCGAUUGAAGAUGGUGGGUACACCCUUCCGCCGCAUGCCUGGCCACGGCGCGUCGACUCGCUCCGCCCUUGGUCUAUGCAACGCGAUCCCCCAAGUUCCCCAGUACUAAGCGAGGAGAGAUCAUCUUCACCAUAUCUCGAACUUGCUGCACAUCAACCUCUACAACCUCUUAACCAGCAGGCAAGCAAGGCUUCUGCUGAGAAGUCAAAUCGUCAUCAUCCUCUUCUUGGUGAGUAUACUGGAUUGACCGACCGCGCAAACCACGACGAUGUCGAAAACUUAUACGACCUAUCGUUAUCGGAUACCGAAUCGAGCAUUUAG